AUGAUAGGCAGCUAUCAGCUACUUACAGUGGCUGUUGAUGGUGGUUUGUGUGGAGACUUUGACGAAGAAAUCAACGACGAUUUCGGCUUUAGGCUGGAAGUGGCAGCUUUAGGUGCUGCUUUCGUCGUUUUGGAAGAAGGUGACUUGCGGUCCAGCUGUCGAGUGGCACUAGCAACGGGUUGCCUAGCGAUUGAUGCCUUCGUUGCAGCUGCUAGUGGUGGUGGUCGAGUAGGAUGA